UUUAAUAAAUAAUACUUUCUUGACUUGUUGGUUAAAAAGAGUUUUUGAGAAGGAAUGAAUAGCUAGAAUGGGAUAACCCAGUGGUGAAGGGCCUUUGGCCGAUACACCUUACCAACUAAUCAAGAGUGGAGCAGGGUUUACAGAUAUGAACCUAGAAUGAAGGUACAAGAUACGCAAAGUGCAGUCAGAUAAGGAUAAAACCCUGGUGGAUUGUAGUAUCAUUGUUGAAACCGACUAGGAGGGAAUUGGAUCAUAACAAAACUUUAGUAUUCUCUGGGUGAGAGCUGGAUCCUAGCGUCCCUCCUAGCAAACCAGGAGAUUUAGGCUGAUUGGAAACUUAUGCUAUCGUCUGGAGAUCUGGUGAUUCUCUCCCAAGUGUAGCUAUAGUGAGAGUUAAAUGAGAGAGGUGCGAAUGUUAACUUGGAGAUGGAGCAAGUCAACUAUAGGAUUUUUGCUGGAGGAGUCUUAGACUGACUAAAAGGUACAUCAGACUGAAAUUUCUAGGGAUAUAAAACUUGUGCGGAUGAACCUAAAGAAAUCUAAUUUAUCUAGACCUCUCAGACAGUGCAUACUACCUAUUUAUGGCUCAAUGAUGCUAUUCUCGGCAGAACAAAAGAAGCCAAUGCCAUGGAUGAGCCCAGGUUGUAAGCUAAUUCAAAACAGUAACCUACCCUCCGAACAAGGCUCAUUAUUCCACUCCAGACUCUUCUCUCAACCUUAAUCAAUCCCUCUUCUCUCCUCCGACUUCCAUCUGCUCGAU